UGGGAAAUCAAGACUGCUGCAUCAGACAGUGGCUGUUUAGGUGUGAAGCAAGCCAUUCCAACAGAACACAAUGCCUUCAAGACGGAAAGCACACCCACACUUAGUAUGCUCAUUGGUGUUGGACCUACAUGGAUGAGAGCUUUAAAAUCAGAGUUUGAAAAGCCAUAUUUUCUUAAGUUAUCCAAGUUUAUCCAAGAUGAGCGUGCCAGGCACACUGUGUACCCUCCUCCAGCUCAAGUGUUUUCUUGGACCAAAGCUUGUGACAUCCAAGAUGUGAAAGUGGUUAUUUUGGGUCAAGAUCCAUACCAUGGGCCAAGACAAGCGCAUGGUCUGUGCUUCAGUGUUCAGCAAGGGAUUCCACCCCCUCCAAGUUUGGUGAACAUGUACAAAGAGUUGGAAUCUGACAUCGAGGGAUUCAAACAUCCUGGCCAUGGGAUGCUGAUUGGCUGGGCCAGACAAGGUGUGCUGCUGUUAAACGCGUGUCUCACUGUCCAAGCAGGAAAUGCUAACUCCCACACAGGUAAAGGCUGGGAGACGUUUACCGAUGCCGUCAUCACCUGGCUCAACAAAAACCUCACUGGUGUUGUCUUCUUGUUGUGGGGAGCGUAUGCACAGAAGAAAGGAGCCCGUAUUGAUAAGAAAAGACAUCUCAUCUUGAAAAGUGUCCACCCUUCACCUCUGUCAGCUCACCGUGGGUUCCUCGGCUGCAAGCAUUUCUCCCAGUGCAACAAACUCUUGAAAGAACAGCACAAGAAACCCAUAGACUGGAAGAACUUGCCUACUGAAUAGAAUCCAAAAAUAAUCGCUUGUUAAAGAGGUUGUUGCUGUGUAAUUGAAUGUCAAAUUACCCAGUUUGUUUGAUGGUUUUUAUUGAUGUACUUGAUUCUCAAAAGAAAAGAACAGUGUUAAAGAGGUCACUAGUUAUGUACAGCUAAACAAUAUAUAAAGAUGGAUCUUGCUCAGUCCAAUUGUUGAAAUAACCUAGCUUCCAUCCAAAAGACGAGUAUUAAUCAUAGGAACAAAUUUAGCUUUAAAUAAUAUCUAUCGAGACACCAUUUACAUAAAGUAUCUGGGAAGUUUGACACAUCUUCAAGGUUUUAUCUGCUAUAUUUUUAGACUGCUAAUCGGCAUCAUUUCGCAAAGGUGAUGUAGUUUUUUAUUCUCAGUUUUGAAAAAAAAAAUUCUCAAUGCAAAUAAUUCCCAUUUUUUAUUAUUAUAUAAAGAUAUAUUUUGAAAAAGAUACAUGACACUUGACAUACAUGCUUUCCCUCCCCUAUAACAUUUCGUAAUGAAACAUGGAUAUAUUAAUUUGAAUAAAUACAAGUACACGUACAGUAUUAAUCUUUUAAAUUCCAACUUGGCUUAAUGAGAUGUUUUCCCAAUUUAUGGUCACGUCAAGUCAUAUUUGAGAAAUGAAAUCCUGAUCUUCAUUACAACAGGGCUCAAAGUUAAGAAUUUGUCUCCCACGGCAAUUUAGUUUUUUAAUAGCCAUGAGUAAAAUGACCCUGAUUAGGGCAAUCUUUUAAAAAGUAACUUUUAAAGCAAAUAAAUAUGUCUGAAAGGUUAUUUUGCCAUAUGUAAACAUAUUUCAAAUUUUAUACACUGGCAGAUAAUGUACACCAGGUGUAUGUAUUUUGAAAUUGUUGAGGAGCUUUACAUGAUGUUCUUGACCUACGGCAGUUUAUAUCAACAACGGUAAUUGCCAUCGGUGCCGUCGUUAACUUCGAGCCCUGUUACAAGCUCAAUUUUGUGAAAAAGAAAUACGUAGGAAACAAAUAAAGCAUACCUUUGUUCUCCCAAUAUCCCAUGGUAGAUGAAUACCUGAUUGGAUUGUUACCAAGUUGUGAAAAGCCUUGAUGGUCUUGCUGCAUCCUCAAACGAGAUUUAAUUAAUGUUUGUUUCAGUCAGAUUAUAUAGCAUUGUAUCACUCCUAUUGCGAUGAAUGUCUCCGGAAUACUACAUUGUUCUUUUAUCAUCAUUACCCCGUAAUGCAUUGGUACUGUUAUUGUAAUCUAUCUAUUUUUAGAAUCUUAUCAAUAAUCACAUUACCAUUAAUUACGCAUUAUUACCAUUACCACCAUACUACUGUCAUGAAUUCGCAAUCAUAUCAUUUAAUAUUCAUCAUGUUAGUAUGAUAUCACUCAUUCACCAUCAUUCUUCUGUCAUACACCAUCAAAUCACUUUCAUAUAUCUUCAUCAUCUUGCUGUUUAUCACAUUAGUGACAUAUUCCAUCAUGUUGCUCAUACACCAUUAUAUCGCUGUCGUAUAUCUUUAUCAUCUUGCUGUUUAUCACAUCAGUGACAUAUUCCAUCUUGUGGCUCAUACACCAUUAUAUCGCUGUCGUAUUAUCUUCAUCAUCGUGCUGUUUAUCACAUCAGUGACAUAUUCCAUCAUGUGGCUCAUACACCAUUAUAUCGCUGUCUUAUAUCUUCACAGUAUUGCAUUCAAUCACCAUCAUAUGAGUGUCAAAAACCAUUUAUCACCAUUCACCAUCUACUCACUGUCGUAUAUCUUUACAGUAUCACUGUCAAUCACCAUUGUACCGGUGUCAUGCACCAUUUUAUUAUCCACAUAGUUCAAGAUAUUCAAGAAAAUAUAACCAGUAUGACCCACAUGUGUCAUAAUGAUUUCACGUGCACAUCAAAUGAUGUCAUUUUGGGAAGCGACGUCAUAACUUAAUGCGGCUUCUCCAGUCUUAGUUUAUGUAAUCUCUUACCAAAGUGAUGUCAUUUCAACGUCUCCUUCUAGUUACAUUUGAAAUGGUUUGAGAUGGUCCUUGUUAUUCGUAAAAAAAAAUAAAAAUAUUACAAUGUGGAUAAUAAAGAAAUUAUUACAUUCGCAUGUAAGACGUACUGAUUUUACAAAACAAGUGUCUGGAUUCAUGUAAUACCCUCGCUCUAGCUUUGGCAAUACAAGAAUCCUGACAUUUGUUUCGUAAAAUCAGGACAACACACAAGUUUGUGUAAUAAUCUCUAUAUAUCACUCAUGUCUUCAUCAUAUCCGGAUCAUUCACCAUCAUCUUACUAUCAUAUAUCUUUUGAGUUCAUCAUCUUGCUAUCAUAUUAGGGUGGGAUUUAGCUCAGUCAGUUGAAUGCUUGCCAGAGGUGCUUGCAUCGCAGGAUCAAUCCACCUCGGUGGCUCCAUUCAACUAACUGGGAUUUUUUUGGUUCCGGCCAGUGCACCAUAACUGGCCAUGGUAUGUGAUUUCCUGUCUGUGGAAAAGUUCAUUUGAAAGAUCCCUUGCUGCUAAUGGAAAAAUGUAGCAUGUUUUGUCUGAUAACUGUCAGAAUUACCAAAUGUUUGACAUCCAGUAGCCGACGAUUAAUUAAUCAAUGUGCUCUAGUUGUGUCAUUAAACAAAACAAACUUGCUAUCAUCAUAUCAGUGUUGUAUACGAUCAUAUCACUCGAACAUCAUAUCGCUGUCAUAUGUCUUCACAUUAUCACUAUCACACCAUUUAUCAAUCACAUAUCUUCAACAUAUUGCUUUCAUUCAAAUGACACAAUUUUCAUGCAAACCGUUUUGUUCACAUGUCUAUUACUGAACUUUAAAUUCACAUGAACCACCAAUCAGUUACGUAUUAAAAACUUUAGGAUCACCAGCACUUUAUGAAUGUAUUCCAAAAAUGCAUCUAUUUUUUACUGGUCUAGACAAAUUUUGAAAUAUUGUCCACUGAUUCAUGAUAUCUGUCAUUCACCAUGAAAUCAGUCGUACACACCAUCAUACUGCUGUCACGUAUCAUUCUAUUGCUAUUAUUCACCUUCAUGCUACUGUCAUACACCAUCAUACAUCAUCAUCAUCACUGUCUGUCACCAUCACAUCACUGUUAUACACUAUCAUAUUGUCUCUGUCACCAUUACAUCGCUGUCAGUCACCAUCACAUUACUGUUAGUGACUAUCAUAACACCUGUCUGUUACCAUCACAUCACUGUUAGUGACUACCAUAUCAUCUGUCUGUUACCAUCACAUCACUGUCUGUCACCAUCACAUCAUUGUCAGUCACCAUCAUAUCACUGUCGGUCACCAUCACAUCGGUGUCGCUCAUCAUCACAUCGCUGUCUGUCACCAUCACAUCGCUGUCUGUCACCAUCACAUCAUUGUCGGUCACCAUCACAUCACUGUCAAUCACCAUCACAUUACUGUUAAUGACUCAUAUCACCUGUCUGUUACCAUCACAUCACUGUUAGUGACUACCAUAUCACCUGUGUUACCAUCACAUCACUGUCGGUCACCAUCAAAUCACUGUCUGUCACCAUCACAUCACUGUCGGUCACCAUCACAUUGUCACUCACAAUCACAUCGCUAUCAGUCACCAUCAUAUCACUGUCAGUCACCAUCACAUCACUUUCGCUCACCAUCACAUUACUGUUAGUGACUAUCAUAUCACCUGUCUGUUACCAUCACAUCACUGUUAGUGACUACCAUAUCAUCUGUCCGUUACAUCACAUCACUGUCAGUCACCAUCAUAUCACUGUCGGUCACCAUCACAUCGGUGUCGCUCACCAUCACAUUGCUGUCUGUCACCAUCACAUCGGUGUCUGUCACAUCAUUGUUGGUCACCAUCACAUCACUGUCAAUCACCAUCAUAUCGCUGUCGCUCACCAUCACAUCACUGUUGGUCACCAUCACAUUACUGUUAGUGACUAUCAUAUCACCUGUCUGUUACCAUCACAUCACUGUUAGUGACUACCAUAUCACCUGUGUUGCCAUCACAUCACUGUCGGUCACCAUCACAUCACUGUCGCUGUCUGUCACCAUCACAUUGUCGCUCACAAUCACAUUGCUGUCAGUCACCAUCACAUUACUGUUAGUGACUAUCAUAUCACCUGUCUGUUACCAUCACAUCACUGUCGCUCACCAUCACAUCACUGUCGGUCACCAUCGUAUCACUGUCAGUCACCAUUGCAUCACUCAGUCACCAUCACAUCACUGUCUGUCACUCAUCACAUCGCUGUCGGUCACUCAUCACAUCGCUGUCGGUCACCCAUUACAUCGCUGUUAGUGACUAUCAUAUCAUUGUCAGUCACUGUCAUAUCAUUGUCGGUCACCAUCAUACUACUGUCAUCCAUCAAAUUAGUCAUAUUUUUAUCAUAUUACUAUCAUUCAUCAUAUCACUGAUUCAUUGUCAUAAAUAAUCACAUUGCUACAAUUCAUCUUCAUAUUACCAUGUAUCUUCAUCAUAUUGCUGUCAUAUCUUCUUAUGACUGCCGUACACCAUUUUAUCACUCAUAUAUCAUUGCUAUCAUUCAUCAUAUUACUAAUUCACUAUCAUACAAUUGUUAAUCACCAUCAUAUCACUGUCGUAUAUCUUCAUCAUAUUACUGUUAUUAGUUAUGUUGGUGUCCGUCACCAUUACUAUAUUAGUCAUUCAUAAUAUCACUCACUGUUCAUCAUCACAUUACUGGUAUUUAGCAUAUUAAAGGAUAUAAAUCACAAUUACAUGUGCCAUUUUUUUAAAUUAUUUUUUUACAUUUAUUUAUUAUAAAUCAUAUAAAUAAUUACAAAAUUAAUGAUCACACAUAUUUUUUGCAUACAUAACUUGGAUGGAGGUGUAUAAAAAUGGUAAUGUGCUUGCACACCAUGUGAACAGAAUUGCGUUUGGUAUGAGUUUCCUGCCUUAUCACAUUAUAAGAUAUAUGAAAUAGUGAAUCCACAAAAUCGGGCAAGUUGACUCUGUAGCUAGAUAGAAAGAGACCGUGAAAUUGUUGAGACAUCUGCCUAGUAUAUUGUUACCGAGUGUUCACCUCAAAUGAAUAUUCCCAAUUUUGUCAGUCAUCCACUACAAAUUCUCUUGUAAAUUAUAAUUUUCUACAAGUAAAUUAAAAUAAAAAAAAUUGUAUAUUUUUUUUUUGGGGGGGGGUGUAUUUACAUGACAGUAUUUCACAUGAACCCUCGUUCUGUCACAUAUCAGUUAAUCAAAUUUAAAUUCAUGUGAGCUGCCAAUCAGUUACGUAGUGAACAGUUCUAUUCUAAAGCAAAGAUUUAAAACUUCAGGAUCAUCAGAAUGUCAUUUGGAAUGCAAGUAUAAUUCAUGUAACCAAGCAAUCGGUUACCAAGGUGAAAAUCUGUAACCAAACAUUUUGAAAUACUGUCCACUGCAUUUAGUUGAGGCACCAUCAUGUCACUGUCAUUCAUUAUGUCAUUCGUCAUAUCACCAUCAUUCAUUGUCAUUCGUCAUAUUACUCAUUCACAAUCAUGUCGCUGUCAUUCAUAUCACCAUCAUUCAUUAUGUCAUUCGUCAUAUUACUGUCAUUCAUCAUAUUACUCAUGUCACUGUCAUUCAUCGUAAUACCUCAUUCAUCAUAUCAUUUGUCAUAUUACCGUUCAUCAUGUCACUUGUUCAUCAUAUUACUGUCAUUCAUUAUGUUCCUCAUUCGAUGCCAUCAUGUCUUUCAUUGUCAUAUUUCUAUCAAUCAAGUCGUUCAUCAUAUUACUGGUGAUUCACGCAUUCACCAUCAUUUUGCUCAUUCAUCAUAUUACCAUAGUUGAUCAUCAUAUUACUGUCAUUCAUCAUGUCAAUCAUUCACCAUCAUUGUGAUUCAUGUAUUGUCAUUUGUUCGCUCAUUAUCUAUUAUUUACCGGCCUCAGUGGCAUAGUGGUUAGUGAUUUUUAAUCCAGAUACCGACUCCAAACCCUGAGUGAGUGCUCCACACGGCUCAAUGGGUAGGUGUAAACCACUUGCACCAACCAGUGAUCCAU